AUGACAUCAAUGAAUUACCUAUUGCUCAUGCUAGCUCUUAUCCAUAAUGCUCAAUCGAUUGUAGAUUUUGAUAACCAUAUAUCAGAUGAACCAGAAGUAUCAUGUCAAAGUGGUUUCAUGUCAUUGAAAGUGAAUACAGAAAAGAGUCCGCCAGCCCAUGUAUUCGUCAAAGGUCACUACAGAAAGGAAGGCUGCUCGUUUUCAAAUACCGCCAAUGCCACAUUCGAUUUCUCCAAGUGUGACGUAAUGAGACAACGAGAGGCGAAUCCAAAAGGAAUGGCAUACUCUGCUACCGUAGUCGUUCAACUUCAUCCACUAUUCACAACAAAAGUCGACAGAGCCUAUAAACUUCGUUGUUUCUACAAAGAAGCCGAGAAAUCAGUUGGGGCUGAGAUUUCUGUUAGUGAUCCAACACCGACUCAAUUAGAAGAUGAAUCUCCUCAACCAACGUGCUCAUACACAAUCCAUAAAGAGUCCCCAAACGGUCCAAUUGCAAAAUUUGCUCAGCUGGGAGAUGUUCUUUAUCACGUGUGGGAAUGUGAUUCAGAAACAUAUCAAAUGGAAGUUUAUAAUUGUGACGUCAUCGGAGGAGAAGAGUACAGUAAGAAAGUGAUUGGAGAGAAUGGAUGUUCUGAGGACAUCUAUAUCAUGCCGAAUCUCAUCUAUAAUGAAAAUAGAACGAAAGCUUUUGUCAACUCGAAUGCUUUCAAUUUUCCCGAUCAGAACAGUGUGAGAAUCAGCUGCAAAAUCAGUGUUUGUGCUACAUUGAGUGGAACAUGCCAUCAGCCCAAAUGUGACGCAUCUGCUACUUCAAUCGAUGAAGUAUCACCAACUGAUAGAGAAUUGGCAAGAGAUGAACUCAUUACAACACAGAUGCCAACAUCUUCUCAAUCUUCAACAACUCCUUCAACGACUACAUCCCCGUCAACCACCACCACGUCUUCAACCACAACUACAUCCACGACAACGACUACAACAGAAGUGCCAACAACUACAAUCACUCAAGUUCUCGAUCCAACAACUACAGUAACCCUUCCAACGGAUUUCCCAACUCCGGAUUCAAUCUUCCGAUUACUGAAAUCUCCAAGAAAGAAUACAAGUGUUAUCGAGGACGAAGAGGGAUCUGGAAUUGAAAUUACCGAAGCUUCGUCUCCACGUGCCGAAGCACAACAUAUGACGUCUUCUGAAGAACCAAGAACAACAAAAAGAGAAAUCAAGAGAAGAGAUGCAAUGGAUGUUGAUGUCUCUUCUGAUAUCACAAUCUUGGACAGUGCUUUCGCCUCUGAUCUACCCUCUCCUCAAGAACAAUCUGGAAAGGAAGAAGUCCCAAUGAAAGCAGUCUGUCUACCGUAUACAGUCCUUUGGCUUCUUCUCGGAAUCAUCAUUUUCGCAGUCUCAAUCACAUUCGGAGCUCUCUGCUACUCAGCAAGAAAGAGUCCACGGUUUCAAGUCCUCCCAUAA